UUAUAAUAAAAACCUUCAGCUCCAUCAGCUAGCUUUAGUAUUAUUACCAGAAUCUGACGAUGAGAUUCUCUUUCGUGUUUGGUGUGAUCUUCUUUCUCUUAACCCUACUUUUAGCUUGUGAUCGCCUUCGAAGGUACUGGUCUUGUUCAAAUUCUCGGGCCGUCGGAGAAGAAAGCAGCUCCGAUGGCGUCGUCGACGUCACUGAUCAUGAAAGCAGUUUACAAAGAAACUCCAAGCCGCUUUUUUACUCAGAGGCGAAAAAGAUCAGUUUCUUCAAUCCUUUUUCUUCUGCUUCUUCUUCUUGUUCUUCAUGUUGUUCAAUCUGCUUCAUGGAUUAUAAAGAAACUGAUAAGUUGAGAUUGCUUCCUGAUUGUGGCCAUCUUUAUCACCUUCACUGCGUUGAUUCAUGGCUCAAGUUAAACCCUACUUGUCCCUUGUGUCGAACUUCUUCUUCUGUAGUUUCUACGCGGGACACAGCGAUCAUCAGUGUUGCUUAGAAGAUUAGGUUCGUUGAACAGAUCAAAAUCACGAGGCGAUGAACACAAAUAUAGAUUCUGUCUAAUUCAAAAUUAGACGAUGCAGCUUUAUCAUUAUUUCAUUUUUAUUUUCUCAGUGAUGAUAUUAGUGUUGUUUAAUUAAUAGAGUAGGUGAUUUUGGACAAAGGAAAUCACCUGUGUGUUUGAGUAACACAAUGAAAGUGUUCUCCGAUCUAACAAAUUUUUAAA